AUGUCAAUUUUAGAAUUCUUUGUUACUAUUGUUAUACUAUUCAUUCUAAAGUUCUACUAUGACUAUUUCAUUCGUUCAACACCAUAUCCAGGUCCACUUCCCUUACCUAUCAUAGGUAACCUACAUCAAUAUUACUAUCAUAGUAACGAUUUUUUAUCUUGGCUUCACCAAUUAAGUUCGAAAUAUGGUGAUGUAUUUGAAUUGUACUUUGGAUCUUGUAGAUAUUUAAUGAUUAGUGAUCCGCGAAUCGUUGAAAAAGUUAUGAGUCCAGUAAAAGAUAGUAAUUAUUUUGUACGUGUUACUGCUAAAGAUGGAUUAGAAGAAUUAAAGAAAGGCAAUAAUGGAUUAUUAUUUAAUAUGGAUCUAAAUUCUUGGUCUUAUAUUAGAAAAUUUUUUAAAGUGAUAAUGACACCUAAUAACUUAAAAUUAGAAAUAUUAAAUAAUGUUUUUCAGGAUUUAGAAAGAUAUUGGAAUUGUUUAAUUGAAAAACAUGGACAAUUUCUGAUUGAUGAACAAGAAAAAUCAGUGGAAAUUGAUUUUGUACCUUGGUCCAGAAAAUUUUUCGCAGAAACAAUGAUGCUUUUAACAGCCAGUAAGAAACUUGAUUUAUUAUCGAAUCAUUAUAAUAGGAUUAUAAAGAAUUUCAACAAUAAUCAUGAUUCAAAUGAAGAAUUUUUGGAUCGCAUAAUUCUUGCUUCUGAUUGUAAUAUAACUUGGACAAGAAAUUAUGCUUGUGAUCUGGUCAAGGAAAAUAGAAAAAUUAUUGAAUCCAUUGACGAUAAAGAGGAAUUAACGAUUGAUAUUUUAAAUAUGUUAUUAACCGCAAAUACAUCAAAAGACAUUACUCGAGGUAUUUCUAAUGAUAACAAUACGCCUAUGACUGAUGAAGAAAUUGCCGACAAUGUGGUGGAAAUACUUAGUGAAGGAAUUGAUAGUCCUGCAAAUACUUUAUCGUUUAUUGUUUAUUAUGUUGGAAAUAAUUUGGAUGUUGAGAAACUUAUUAUUGAUGAAAUUGAACGAGUUUUUGGUCAUGGAUCUGAUUUUAACAUUACCUAUGAAGAUUUAAGUAAACUUGAAUAUAUCGAAGCUGUGAUAAAAGAAGGUAAUCUUCUAAGAAAGCCAAUUACGGCAACUAUUUCUCGUUUUUCGGAAAAAUCUGAUCAAAUUGAUGAGUAUAAAAUUCCAUCAUCAACACAAUUAGCGAUUAAUGUUAUGGGUUUACACAUGAAUCCAAACUAUUGGGAAAAUCCUAAGGAAUUUAAUCCUUCAAGGUUUUUAGCAGAUAAUAACAAACCUGAAAUUAACAAGAAUGCGUUUAUGUAUUUUGGUGGUGGAUUACGUAUGUGCCCAGGAAAACACUUGGCAAUGACUCAACUUAAAAUGCUGAUUACUUUGUUAUAUAGUAAAUAUAAAUUACAGGUAAUUACCAAAGAACCUUCACUGCAAAAUAAUAUUAAUACUCAAUGUAAGGAGUUGAAAAUCAGAAUUAACUGUAGAAAAUGA